GAGGGUUGAGUAAAGGGACGGCCGCCGCCCUAACCAGAGCAGAAAGAUCCCACGGGGUCAUCUGGAAGCUGACUUCCUGCCGCUUCGGGCCGCCUCACACCAGGAAUCCAGGCCAGGACCGGCCUCCCUAGCCGCCCUGCCCACACAGUGGCAAGAAAAUUGGCUGGGGUGGGCAAAAGCGGAGCUACAGCCCCUCUGUCAGGAAGAGGGAGACACCGCCCAGCGCCGCCAAAACACACACCUGCGUAGGAGCAGGGUCACCGGCAACCCCCUGCGCGCAGGCGCCGGUCACCCUAUCCCGGCGGUUAGGGCACAUCACGUGCCGGGCUCGUCGCUCCGCCGUCACGUGACGCCCGUCCGCGGCCUGGGCGGCCCUCUCCGCGGUGUGCGCCCCCUUCCGCCUGACGCGCCCCAGGCGGCGGCCGCGCAGCCCUGGCUCCUCGCGGGCUCGGGCGGCGGCUGCGGCGGGGCUAUGGCGAGUGGCGGUGUUGGUGGCAACACCGGCACUGGUGGGGGCCCGGGGCUGGGCCUGACCCUGGGCCUGGGCAUGGGUGAGGCCACCGGCGAGGCGGAGGAGGAGGCGGCCACUGCCGAGGCGGUGGGACGCCUCGCCACGACGCUGUGGCUGCGGCUCCGCGGCUGGGAGGCGGUGUUGGCCGCAGCGCAGCGGCUGCUGGUGUGGGAGAAGCCGCUGCACAGCCUAGUCACGGCGGCCGCGCUCAACGGCCUCUUCUGGUUGUUGUCUUCAUCCUCCCUACGGCCCUUCUUCCUACUCAGCAUCUCACUUUUGGCCUAUUUUCUGCUGGAUUUGUGGCAGCCUCGCUUCCUCCCUGACAUCUCUGCAUCAUCCCCGGAGGAGCCACACUCUGACAGUGAGGGUGCGGGGUCAGGAGCCCGGCCGCACCUGCUCAGUGUGCCCGAGUUGUGCAGAUACCUGGCUGAGAGCUGGCUCACCUUCCAGAUUCAUCUGCAGGAGCUGCUGCAGUACAAGAGGCAGAAUCCAGCUCAGUUCUGUGCUCGCGUCUGCUCUGGCUGUGCUGUGCUGGCUGUGCUGGGACACUAUGUGCCAGGGAUUAUGAUUUCCUACAUUGUCUUGCUGAGUAUCCUGCUAUGGCCCCUGGUGGUGUAUCAUGAACUGAUCCAGAGGAUGUACACGCGCCUGGAGCCCCUCCUCAUGCAGCUGGACUACAGCAUGAAGGCAGAAGCUGAUGCCCUGCAUCACAAACACGACAAGAGGAAGCGGCAGGGGAAGAAUGCACCGCCCGGAGGUGAUGAGCCACUGGCGGAGACAGAGAGUGAGAGCGAGGCAGAACUGGCUGGCUUCUCCCCGGUGGUGGAUGUGAAGAAAACAGCACUGGCCUUGGCCAUUACAGACUCAGAGCUGUCAGAUGAGGAGGCUUCUAUUUUGGAAAGCGGUGGCUUCUCUGUCUCCCGGGCAACCACUCCACAGCUAACUGAUGUGUCGGAGGAUUUGGACCAGCAGAGCCUGCCAAGUGAACCAGAGGAGGCCCUGAAUCGGGAGCUAGGGGAGGGAGAGGAGACAGACCUGGCCCCUCCCGAAGAUCUGCUGGGCCCCCCUCAGGCCCUCUCACGACAAGACCUGGACUUGGAGGAGGAAGAAGAUGCGGCAUCCAAGGAAGCCUUGCUUCAGCUCUCAUCCCCCCUUCACUUUGUGAACACGCACUUCAAUGGGGCAGGGUCUCCCACAGAUGGAGUGAUGCUCUCCCCUGGAGGACCAGCGGAGACACUGAGCCGGGAAGCAGUGAGUGGUGACCUCACCACUCCGCCCAGCACCCUGUCGCCCCUACUUGGCCUUGCCGAAAGUGACCCAGUCCCUUCCCCCUCCAUACUCCCAUCUCUGCCCCAGGACUCACCCCAGCCCCUGCCUGCCCCUGAGGAAGAAGAGGCACUCACCACUGAGGACUUCGAGUUGCUCGAUCAGGGGGAGCUGGAGCAGCUAAAUGCAGAGCUGGGGUUGGGUCCAGAGACAUGCCCAGAGCCCCCUGAUGCUCCACCCCCUCCACCCCUAGGGCCCGACACCCCGUCUCUGGUACAGUCAGACCAGGAGGCUCAGGCCAUGGCAGAGCCAUAAGCCUGGGGGAAGGAGUUGCAGGCACCUGGCUCCUGGCUAAGGAUGUCACUGUUGGCUCCUUUCCCUGCUAUCCUGGGGAGGAGCAAUAUGUGGGGAAGCUGGCUAUCAGAUGGAGCCAGUCCACCCUCCACCUGCCUGCCUGCCUGCCUGCCUGCCUGCCGUCCCAGGCCUGAGACAGUACCUGGGAUUUGUUUUAAGUUUGUAAAUAAUUUUACAUUUGGGUUUAGUGGUUAUGAACAGGGCUAGGGGAGUCCUUCCCACUUGCCUCCCCGCCUCAUCUCUAGUCUCAUUCCACAAUGCCCCAAGCCCUGACGGUCUGUCCUUUUCUUUUUCCUCCUUUCCUCAGGGACCUGUGCUGCUCUGUCCUCGUGUCCCACUCGGUUGUUUAGUUCAGGCACUUUAUCAUUUUUCUUUCCUAUCCCAGCCCCUCUCUGCUUUACUUCCCUGCUGUGUCCUGUCCUUAGCAGCUCAAUCCCCACUCUUUACCAGCUCUUCCUCCCCAGCUGGCCCCAGCUAAGCUUUAGGGAGGCUCCCGUCUGGGAGGUACAGAUGAAACCUGGGGUGGUGGGUCGGGUCAGUAGCUAAUGCACUUAAGACACUGUAGCCCAUGGAACCUCCACUGCACCCUUGCCCUCGUUCAUCCUGGCCCUUCCCUAUACAGGAUGAGAGCAGGGAUCCCACAGCACAUACGCCAGCGCUGUGGUAGUGAGCAGGACCUCUGUCUUGUGGGGCGAGGGGCUUUCUUAUCUUAGGGAGGAGUAAGAAGAUCUGUUUCUCUGGGCCAUGGUCCAAGUGUGGUGGGACCCCCUACUAGGGUCAGGAAAUGGACAGUAACAUCUGUGCAGGUGUUGACUGGAAAAAUAAAGUGUUGAUGGUUAGAACUGCU